AGGAAAGAAGAGUUCCUGAGCAUUCUCCGUCACUGUUGGUUCCCGUCUGCCCAUAUCUGCCUUGGCGCCUCCCAUCCCCUCCCCCGCACUACCUUGAGCAUCCCUGCCGGUACAUUGCGGAAAACGCUCGGGACAAACCUGGAUGUACAUGACCAACACCGUUUUCGGAGGCCCAACCACGUCACGUUGCACCGUUUAAUGUCCACACCAGAGAGGUUCUUGGGAUGAAGUCGCGCAAUACCUCCACAGAUGCUGCAGCCAUGGCGCCGUCAACGCUCAAUUUGUUCAUUCUCACCUUUAACUGCGCCAAAACCUUCAUCAACCCGCCGGUCUUCGCAGCACAUCUCCAUGGCGCUCUCGCGGAACAAAACACGGCGGACCUACCAGACUUGGUUGUGUUCUCGCUCCAGGAGGUAGCCCCGCUCUCCUACGCCUUCAUUGGCUCUUACUUCCUAAACCCCUACUACGCACGCUUCGGGGAGGCACUCAACCUCGCGUCGGCGAAGGUGCUCGCGACAGCCGACGGCGACGAUGAACACGCCUCCCUCUCAGCGGCCGCUCCCGGCCGGAGGAGACCGCCAUAUACCCUCGUGCGCGCGAAGAACGUCGGGAUGACGGCUAUCCUUAUGUACGCGCGAGACCCGACCUCGAUACGGAAGAUCGAGGAGGCAGAGUGCGGCUUCGGCGCGGCGGACAUGGGGAACAAGGGUGCCGUCGGGUUGAGGGUGACCUGGAGCGGCCAGGCAGACGAGGCGGCGUCGGACAAGACGACGGAACUCACCUUCGUGGCCACCCACCUCGCGGCCAUGGAAUGGAAUCUCAAGAAGCGCAACGCCAACUGGCGCAGCAUCGUCGCCGGCUUGACCUUCGCCAACCCGCGGGCCAUCGUUCCGGGCGUCUUCCCCGUCGACCAAUCCGCCCCAACCCUGGACCGUGCCGGCAACGCACCCCUCCUCCCGACCGGCGACAGCCCCGACCCGAGCGAAGAAGAGCCCGACCAGACCCCUUCUUCCGAAGAAGAAGAAGAAGACGACACCCACCCGCUCCUCGCCCACCCGCAACUCCCCACCACCGACGCCGCGACCCUCGCCGCCCUGCAAUCCAUCUCCGUCUACAAGCCCACCUCCCACCUCUUCGUCGCGGGCGACCUCAACUACCGCAUCGCCUCGACCACCCCACCCCCCUCCUCCACCUUCCCCUCCUUCGACCCGUCCUCCGACCACCACCACACCACUUUCUUCCCGCGCGACCAGCUCACACACGAACGCCUCGCCAACCGCACCCUGCACGGCCUGAGCGAGGCCCCGGUAUCCUUCGGGCCCACCUACAAAUUCGACCUGCUCGACGGCCCCGCCGGCGCCGCCAACGAGGCCGCCGUGCGCGCGGGGAACGCCGUGAACGGCGUCCCCGAGGUGCCGUGGCGGUUCGCGCCGCAUCGCUGGCCCGGGUGGUGUGAUCGCGUGCUGUAUUUGGAUGUGCCGGCGUGGGUUUCGGGUGCGAAUUCUGAUGAGGGUGAGGGUGAGGGGGUGGGGAGGGGGAAGGGGAAGGGCAAAGUGGGCGUGGAGGUGGGCGCGUAUGAUGCGCUGCCGCUGAUGCAGAGCAGCGAUCACCGCGCUGUGUACUUCCGUGCGCGGGUGCCCGUGCUGGGGGAGGCGGAGAUGCGGCCGCCGACGGCGGGGGCUGAAGCUGAAGCUGAAAUCGAGGCGUCGUCGGGGGAGGAUGGGGAUGGGGAUGGGGGUGGGGGGCUGGUGGAUCCGAGGGUCAGGAUGCCUGUGCCUGUGGAUGUGCACGCGUGGGAACGGCGGGCGGCGGCGCGGCGCAGGGAGGUGGUUGUGGGUUGGACGGCGUUUGUGUGGAGCACGCGUGAGGGCGCGGUGUUGUUGGCGACGUUGUUGGUGUUGGGGGUCGGGAGUUGGUGGUUGUUGAGGGUUUGGUGAGCGCGGGACGGGCGUACGUUCUGGGUUGGUUGAUAAAUGGGGAGUUGGGCUGGGGUAUAUAUAUACGUUUCGGGAGAGGGCUGCAAGGUCCUAGGGAUAAUGGCGUGGAUUGUACGGCUUCUGUUUGUUUCGUGAUCGGGUAUCGUUUAUAGACGCUGGAAGUGUUAAUACGAGCACGUUGUGGGGUGUUGUGAUUCUAGGGCGGGACUGCGUGCCUUGCGUGAUCCACUGAGAGGAGGAAUG